AUGCUUGCUGAAAUAAACAAACCCCGAAAUCCGGACUCGCGCAGUUUCUUUGAAUGCGAGAAAGUUCCCAGACACAUGAUUAGCAACGCAGAUUUGAUAAAAUCAAUUUAUCCAAAUGCGGCGCCGCCACUACUCUGGGCGCUGCUUUCGCGACUGGUUUGGCUGAAGCGGGCAGAGCCGGCUUUUACAUUACGGUUUUCGGCGCGCCGCUCCCCGCCUUCGCCUUUGCGCUUCGCCCACUCGCCGAUUCCGUUUGAACACGGUAGCGGUGGCGGGGCGGGGCGCGGCGCCACGGACAAAGGGAUGAUACACUCCUCUCGCAGCUUCGUUACAGCACGAGCGCACAAUAAGAUCGGCAACUGGCUGGUGGAGGAAGACCCUCAUCUACUCAAAACAAGGCACCGAGAACAGUAUCUAAACGAGAUUACCGGAGUUAAUUACACGACUCGCACUCGCGAUGAGGCGUUCCACAAGUCGCUCUCGGGGCCCUCCGCCGGGAGAAUCUCCGCUGGCAGAAGAAGACAGAUAGAUCGAACGCAGCUGUCUGGGCCACCUAUUGCCUCUUCUUGCAGGCUUCGCACCGUGCCCGUGCCCGGGGCUUCUUCGACCACCGUCCCAACCGCUUCUGCUGUUGCUGCCUCGGGAACGGGGUUCGGCAACCGGGGAGAGGAUAGGAGUGAACUCUCCCUGUUGUAUCUUGUGACGUUGCGUUCCAAAUGCAGCGCAACGGAGCUUGAAGGCAUUUUCCUGUGUACGAGCGGCUUGCGCGCGCUGGGCCGGCAGCGCCCCUGGCGGCGAAUCCGCGCCCCGCGCCCUGCUCUGUGCGGUGCAGUGUGUCUGAAGCGAGUGCUGGGUGCUGUUGCAGAUGUGCCCAAGUUCGGGGAGCUGAUCAACAACGUGACGGCGCCCGUGGGCCGCGAGGCGACGCUGGCCUGCGUCGUCGAGGACCUGCUCACCUAUAAGAGGGGUGUGACUGGUGAGACGGUGGUUAAGAAACCUUUCAAAAAUCUUAUAUUUAUGUUAGAGAGGGGUGUGACUGGUGAGACGGUGGUUAAGAAACCUUUCAAAAAUCUUAUAUUUAUGUUGAGAACGCGCUGCGCCAGCGGCCGCGUGUCGCGGGCGCCGCUUAAAACACGCGCGAUGGAGCUGCAAAGCGGUGCCGGGUCGGCGUUGGCGGCGCAAUCCAGACCUAUGGCUGCGGCCCUCAUUAAAACAGAGAAAUGCGCGAAAUCUCUUCGCCCGCCGCUGCGGCUGCAGCCAGUAACUUCAUGUUAG